CGGAUAGGCCUCCCAGCAUCUAACGACCGGCCGUCAAGACAAUGGCCAAGGCUAAGGCAGCGCCCACAUCCUCCAGCGGCGGCAAGGCCGCAAAGAAGAAGAAGUGGUCCAAGGGCAAGGUCAAGGAUAAGGCGCAGCACGCCGUCGUCCUCGACAAGGCCACCUACGACCGCAUCCUGAAGGAGGUCCCAACCUUCCGCUUCAUCAGCCAAUCCAUCCUCAUCGAGCGGCUGAAAAUCAACGGCUCCCUUGCGCGGGUAGCGAUCAGGCACUUGGAGAAGGAGGGUCAGAUCAAGCGGAUCGUCCACCACAGCAGCCAGCUCGUCUACACGAGGGCAACUGGCGGCGGAGGUGCCGAGUAAACGUCCCUGUCUCCGUUCGCUUUCGCUUUCCACUAUCGCAUGCACGCAUAUGUAUUACAACACCACAAAACAUGCCAUGACAUGCACCGCCUA